UCUAUUCCUCCCGCGGGAUCCCCAUUCCCAAGAAACUCCCCUCUCCUUUUCCUCCUGCUCCAUUUUCCUGGAAAAUCUAUUGUUUUUUGGUGAUCGGCUUUGGUUUCCGUGGAAAUGGGGGCAUGCUGCAGCGUGAAUGAGAGGUAUGAUCGAGGGCUCAUGGUGGAGGGGCAGCACCAUGACAAGGCCAUGAUCGAGGUUAAAAGGGAGGAUGAUAACGCCAUCCCAAGUGUUCAUUCUUCUGGGGCAUAUGUCCGCUUGAAGGGAUCUUCUCGCUAUAUUUCGAUGUUCUCCCAACAAGGAAGGAAAGGGGUUAAUCAAGACGCCAUGACCGUUUGGGAGAACUUCAACGGGGACAAGGAUACGUUCUUCUGUGCGGUGUUUGAUGGGCACGGCCCAUUGGGUCACAAAGUGGCAAGAAAAAUACGAGACUUGUUGCCGUCAACGUUGAGUUCUUCCUUCAACCAGCAGCCACAAGUUAAUAAUAAAGCAGGCAACAACGACAAUAAUGCCAUCUUUUCUUCCUGGAAGGCUAAUUUGCUCAGGUCCUUCCAUGACACCGACCAAGAACUUCGUGCUGAUACCAGCUUUGAUACCUACUGCAGCGGCACAACUUCAGUAUCUGUACUCAAACAGGGAGAUCAUUUGGUCAUUGCCAAUUUGGGCGAUUCACGGGCAGUUCUUUGCACUAGAGAUGAUAGCGACGAACUUGUUCCCAUCCAACUCACAGUCGACAUGAAACCAAGUCUCAAAGAGGAAGCUGACAGAAUAAAGAGUAAGAGAGGGAGGGUGUUUGCGAUGGAGCAAGAGCCAGAGGUGUACCGGAUAUGGAUGCCUGAGGAAGACUGCCCUGGCCUCGCCAUGACAAGGGCUUUCGGCGAUUUUUGCCUCAAAGAUUUUGGCCUCAUCUCUACCCCUGAAGUUUCCUACAGGAAGCUCACCGAAAGAGAUGAAUUUUUGGUCAUCGCAACCGAUGGGGUGUGGGACGUGCUAUCAAACAAGGAGGUGAUAGAAAUCGUUGCAUCGGCGAGGAAGAGAUCGACGGUGGCGAGACUACUGGUGGAGUACGCCAUACUAGCGUGGAGACACAAGUACCCAAAUCUGAAGAUUGAUGAUUGUGCAGUGAUAUGCUUGUUCUUCAAAAGCAAACCCACAGUAGUGACCAAACCAACCUCAGAGCCCAGCCCCUUGAAGAAGUACUCAGGGCGUCCACCUCGUCCCAGCCCCAAGGGCGCCAAGCCAGAUCACGAUGGCCUUGACACCGUCAUAAACUGCGAAGUGUCGGCACGUCCGCAAUGAUUCAAAUUUCGAUCUUUCUUUUGAAGUUAAUAUUAAUUAAUGCUGAGUCGAAGGAUGGUUACUAUGAUUGGCUGAAACUGUCAUGUAAAAUUACUUAAAAGAGAAAGGAGGGGUUUUCCUGCUAAUAUGAUUGUAUCCGUAGGACAAAUUGGCAUUUGUGUUAAAAGCUUUGUGUGAAUCUCAGCUUGUAAACAAAGUGAGAUUGAAAAGGAAAAAAUUUCGUAUAGAAAACAGGAAUAUCUGA